AUGUUGCUUGUUAAGACGGCGAGUCUAGUUUUAACUAUAAUUUUUUCUCAAAGCCUUUGCUGUACAAUGAUCUACCUACUUUAUGCAGUUUUUUGUUCGAAAAGGAUUGCGUUCAGGCCGAGCUUGUCCAUCUUUUAUUGCAGAUUCAUUAUCGAUGUGUUUCUCACAUUAAGUGUGUCAAUCAAUAAGGCCUACUUUCUCGUGAUUUCACUAUUCAACCAGUAUGCUGUCAAAAAUCUAGCUCUCAUUUUAAUAAUUCCAUCUUUAAUGAUUGCAACAAUGCGAUAUACUCUUGGAUUUCUGAUUACAUUCGACAGACUUUUGGCUAUAUACUUUCCGAUUUCCUAUCAUCUACACAGACAGAAAGUUUCUAUAUAUUUCAUUAUUUUCAUUUUAAUAUUCUCAGCCGCAUUCAAUCAAUACGUAUUAUUUGGAUAUUGCGGCAACUCCAUAGAUGUGCCAUUAGAAUGCGAUGACUUCAAGUGCACUGUGAAUUCAUGUUAUUACAAUUACUAUCUGACUCAAGAACAGAUUGUUCAUUUUGUUAUCGGAGCCAUGACUGUUAUUUUAUGUGCUCGGUUAUUCAUAAUGUACCUCACUGCCAAAUCUGAAGUCACCAAGUUUCUGUCACAAGCGACACGAGUUGCACUCCUGGACUCGCUUACAAUUUUUACAUUCUUCAUUCUCCCAUCAUUUGCCUAUGCUCAAUUUCCUGCAACCGAUUUCGAAAUAUUUGGUCCUUUGUUAGCACUGUUCAAACGUGUCGGAGCACUGAUUGAAGCCGUGUUCAUAUGUAGAAUUUUUCUGCGUGAGAAAAAUACAGCUCCUAACACUAUUUCACCCAUGUCUUGA